ACUACACGGCGGCCAAGUCCCUCCUUCCUCAGGAAGAAACCUGCAUCAAACUUCCUGCUGCUCUCCUUCACCAACUUUCUUCUUGCGGCUCUCGCUGCUUGUUGUGGGAAGAAAACCAAAAACCGCUGGGCAUGGCCGCCGUCCUCCGCAGACUGGCGGUGCAGAGGUGCUCGCUGUGGCGGUGCUCGGUCGCUCCGCUGCGGGAAACGCAGCGACUGAAACACCGAGAGUUGAACCGGGACGGGACGCUAGUGCUGGCCGGGGGAAGCGGCUCUCUCUCGGCCCGCAGCCGCGGUGAGAGCCGCUGGCAGCACACAGAGGCGCAGGGGUCCGUGGAGGUGGACGUGAAGCGGUUAGAGGGACAGGACGAGGGGAUAGCCGAGGUGCUGAUGUGCCGACACAGAGCAAGAAACGCUCUCGGUCAUGCGUUUGUGUCGCAGAUGAGGGAGCUGGUGUUCUCCCUGUCCAGUGACUCAGCAGUCCGCGUGGUGAUCUUCAGGAGUUUAGUGCCGGGGGUCUUCUGUGCAGGUGCUGACCUGAAGGAGCGAGCCCUGAUGAACGACUCUGAGUCGGAUCUGUUUGUCCAAGGCCUGCGCUCCCUCAUGAGCCAGAUAGCGUUAUUACCCAUGCCUACCAUCGCAGCGAUGGACGGCGUCGCCCUCGGGGGUGGACUGGAGCUCGCCUUAGCCUGCGACCUGCGCACCGCCUCAUAUUCAGCCCAGAUGGGUCUGAUUGAGACGACACGAGGGCUGCUCCCUGGGGCGGGGGGCAGUCAGCGGCUGCCGCGGAUGGUCGGCAUCACUCUGGCCAAGGAGCUCAUAUUCACAGGUAGGCGUGUGGGAGGGCAGGCUGCUCUAGAGAUGGGGCUUGUAAACAGAGCCGUGGAAGAGAACCAGACCGGAGAUGCUGCUUAUAAAGAGGCUCUGACCCUGGCCAGGGAGAUAUUGCCUCAGGCUCCUGUUGCUGUGCGGAUGGCCAAAGAGGCCAUAAAUAGAGGCGUUGAGGUCGACAUUGGGUCAGGAAUGGCAAUAGAGAGGAUGUGUUACGCCAGGGUCAUCCCCACCCGGGACCGACAGGAGGGCAUGGCUGCCUUUAUCGAGAAGAGACCUCCACAGUACACCGGGGAGUAAAAGUGCCCCACCAAUAUACCCACAUGGAUUUAAAAUAAGAUGUUUAAAAAGCACUCUUUACAAAGACUCGGUCCUUUUUUCUUAUUGUCUGAUAUCAAAUCCCUAAAUGUUUCAAGUAUUUGGUCAGUAAGGUUUGCAAAAUUAUUGUGAAUGGCUAAAUACCAGAAGUUGGGAUUUUAUUUUCUUAAACUCCAUUACUUUCUUUAAAUUUUGAGUUUACUUACACUCACUAUACCCUUAUUUAGGAAAGUCCUCAUGAUGUCAUGACUUUUUAGUCUUCUGAUAGGUUAGGUCACAACAUUGCUGCGAAAUAGUGGCACACCCUUUGGCGUCAUGACAAAAAACCAGCCAAGUUAUCAGAGACAGAAUAGUGUGGACCUCCACGAGUUUGUUGUAUUCUUGGGUAUAAUUCCCAGACGCCUGAAGGUGUCGCGUUCAUUGUUCACACAUAUUCUACAUGAAUAUAAACAGUGUACUAUUCAAGUUCUGUGUACGUACAUGGACUGAAGGGCCAUUCAGCAAGGAAGAGGCAAUUAUUCUAAAAGCAACAUAAAAAAGCCAACUUACAGUAUGGAAAUAAAUUCAGGGAAAAUACCUGAUGUCUUGUGUGCUGAGGAAGUUCAACUAAAAGUGGCUGUCUUGAACGUUGUUGACUUUAGAGGACAAAGGGUUACAAGGGUGGCAGCAUCAUAUUCUGGGGUUAUUUUAUAGCAGGAGGGACUCGUGCACUUCACUUAUACGCAUAUCAUGUGCAAAGAACAUUAUGCAGAAAUGUGGGUUUGAGGGAAACAGUCAAUAUUUAGGAGAGGCACUCAUAAAGCCCUAAUCUCAGUCCCGUAAAUGUGAGGGCAGAGCUGGAGUUAGUUGAAGUCAUUUAGUUUCAAAUGAAAUUCUACCAAUUACUGAGGAAAUGUAUGCACAUUUUUGAAUUUUAUGAAAGUCAAAUCUCUAAAGGCUUCAUUUAGCAAAUGCAAAUAAUUAUGUUAAUCCAGACUAGCCAAAAAUUGAAAACCAUUAGUCUGGUUUAAAGUCAGACCGCAGGGGGACAAAAAAAGAGGUUGUCUAUUUAUAGCGCAUCUAAAUAUCUAGUUUCAACUGUGUAUGUAAUCAAAUCUGUCAUAUGUUAAGGUGAUUGACGACAUAUAUUAAUGUUAAAGUGAUAGCAAAGAUUUACCUUUUUUUUAAAAAUCUUUGUUAAUUUAUAAUUUUUUGGUAUAUAAGCAUAUCAACCAUCAGCAUCUACUUUGAUAGGCUUGGUUUUGGAGUUUAGUAAAAAUGAAAAGUUGGGGUCAUAUGCUUUGAUGGCUAAUGUUAUAAAUCCUUCGUUUUGUACCAUAUGCAAAACACUACUUCUAUUGAAGAACCAGCAGCUCUUUUUUUUUUUAAAUAAAACCAAACCUGAAAAUGUUCAAAA